CGAGUUCCAAAAAACUGACUGCUACCAUCACCCAAAGAUCCAGAGCAGAACGGUUGAUUGAGAAAACCCAGUGGCUUCGUUGCCAUUUUUUUUUCCAAUGGACAAACUUCACAAAAAGAAAAUAAAUCGAACCAUUUUGAAUGGAGAAAGACUUAAGAGCUUGAUUAAUCUUCUCCUGAAAUGAGAACCAAAUAUUUCUGAUUCUGAUCCAGAUUUCCACAUGUUUGAUCUCUGCUUCUCGUCUUCAUCGCCAUGGAUUUCUCCAACCUCCAAUCUAGAGCUUCUUCUGCCUAUAUUCCUCCUCACAGAACACAGCUCCACCCUCGAAUGCAUUCCUUCUCUUCUUUCGCUUCGCCGAAUCCAAAACCAUCUCAACCGCGGGAUAGAUGGUGGGUUCUCCUUGCAGCUGUCUUAAUAGUUCCGUUUUUGUUUUACCUGUUUGCAAUUGCUAGGGGAAUCCAUAAGUCGUCGAAAUUUGACGAAUGGAGACCCAAGGGCUUUGGAGUGAUCAUCAAUGCCGGUAGCACUGGAUCGACAAUCCACGUAUUUGAGUUUCUUAAUGAGGGGAGGAUUCCGUUUGUUGGAUACGAUGGGAAGGGUUCCAAUUCGAUGAAGGUUCGCCCGGGGUUGUCGGAAUUCAGAGAUGAUCCUGGUAGAGCUGGGAGUUCAAUUUUGAGUCUUGUGGAGUUUGCGAAGGCGAGGGUUCCGAAGUCGGAGUGGAAGAAAACGAAGGUGAGGUUGAUGGGUACCGGAGAUUUGGGAAGGCUCGACAUGGAUGUAAGGAAAGCGAUCUUGGAGUCUUGCAGGCUGGUUCUGCGAUCUUCCGGGUUUUUGUUCAAAGACGAAUGGGCGUCUGUAAUUACAGGUCAGGAAGAAGGUGUUUAUGCCUGGGUUGCUGCAAACUAUGCUCUUGGAACCUUGGGAGGUGAUCCUAAGGAAACCACAGGAAUAAUUCAACUUGCUGAAGGUUCUAUUCAGGUAACAUUUUCUCCAAGAGGAUCUCUGCCAAUUCAAUUUUCACGGGUGAUUGAACUUGUUGGGGUUACUUACAAUCUUUAUUCUGAAAGCACUUUUCACUUUGGUCAGGAUGAAGCUUGGGCAUCAGUACUUGGAUUGCACAGUUCUCAAGAUUUGGGAUCAUUUUUAAGUUCUAGUGAGGGCAUUAUGAAGAAUCCCUGCAUCCCAAAAGGGUAUAGUCAGAAACUCAAUCAAGCUGAGAUUAAUACAAGUGAUGGAAAACAACUGGCAUCACAGUUAGCAGGAAACUUUUCUGCAUGUAGAUCUGAAGCUUUGGCAUUAUUACAGAAAGGAAAAGAUGAAUGCUUUCAUCCACCUUGCAAAAUAGUCUCAUCUUUCUUGCCUAAGAUACUAGGCAAUACUGUUCCUCCUGAUACCUUUUACUAUACCUCAGAGCUCUUUGGGAUGGUUCCGAGGGCUUCUCUGUCAGAAUUGGAGGCAGCUGGACGGCAUUACUGUGAAGAUGAUUGGCAUAAACUAAGAGAUGAACAUGAGGGCAUUGAUGAGAUUGAUUUGUUGAAAUACUGCUUCUCUUCUGCAUACAUUGUAGCACUGGUGCAUGAUAGCCUUGGAAUCUCUAUGGAUGAUAAGAGGAUUGGAUUUGCAAAUCAUGGUGGAAGCAUCCCUCUUGACUGGACCCUCGGUGCUUUCAUCCUCCAGACGGUGGUUGAGCCCCUUGAACUAGAACCAGAAAAUCUAGGACAAGUUGUUGGGAAUGAUUCAGUUGCGUACCUCACAUUGUUUAUCGUUCUGUUCUUAGCUAUCCUUGCUGCAUUCUAUGUAACAAAAUGGCAGAAACCACAAUUGAAAACAGUAUAUGACCUGGAGAAAGGGCACUACAUUAUAACUCGUGUGCCCAGGUGAUUUGUUGUUUUAAUUUUUUUCUUUGUUUUUUUUUUUUUUUUACAUGUUAAGUACAUGUAAAUGUAAUAGUUAAUAGAUUAGUUGAAGAAUCCUCUCUGGAAAUAUGGAAGAGGGGAAAAGGAAGGGAAAUCCCAUUUUUUCA